ACGCACUACACUACUGCUAGUAGCUUUUCUAGUUAGUUGGAGCAAAAGAUAUAAUUAAAGCAGGGAAUGCAACACCAAAUAUUUAGGGGUACGAUAUAUUCAGGAGUCAGAGAUGGGGCAUCACUGCAGCGACAAACAGAAAGUGAAGAAAGGCCGCUGGUCUCCUGAAGAAGAUGAGAAACUUAUCAAAUACAUAACCACGCGUGGCUAUGGUUCUUGGAGUUCCGUUCCAAAAUUUGCUGGGUUGCAGAGGUGUGGUAAGAGCUGCAGACUGAGAUGGAUAAACUAUUUAAGACCUGAUCUCAAAAGGGGCCCCUUCAGUGCACAAGAAGAGAAUAUAAUCAUCGAUCUUCAUCAAAUUAUGGGCAACAGAUGGGCUCAGAUAGCCAAGUACUUGCCAGGGAGGACAGACAAUGAAGUAAAGAACUUUUGGAAUUCAUACAUUAAGAAGAAGCUUAUUGCACAGGGGUUAGAUCCCAACACUCAUAACCUCAUUUCACCAACCAAAUAUCAGAUGGUGAAGAACAUUUACACCAUACCUAUGGCCACCCUGCCAAAUUCAUCACAUUCUCUCUCAUCAAUGCAUGAAGUUUUAGCCACAUCAACCUAUGAAAACCAAAACCGUGCAGAUGGCAUUUGGACAACCAAAGAACAAACUCCACAUUCAAUAAUGCCAAUGUCCUUCGCUCCGUUCCAUGAGCCAGCAUUGACAGGGGUGGGACUAAACGACUGUUUUUGGGGCAGUAAAGAGUCCACAGGAAAUGAAGCAAUGACCCAGGUGAAGCUUCAUGGUCAGGAGGAGGCAACCGCCUGUGAAAUUACAGAAGCUUCAUCAAUGGAAUUCGGCUUAAGCAGCUAUGGUUUUGAGUUUGAGGACUCUACUCUAAUCACUAAUGGCCUGUGGAGUCCAAUGUAAUCAACUCUAAGGAGAACCUUAAUUGUUGGUAUUAGUUAUUUGUCUUUGUGUGCUUGGAAUAUUUUCUUUCUUCUUCCAUGUAUUUUGAAAGUUUUUGAGUUACUUAAGAACUUCCUUAUGCUGCAUACGAACAGCAUGUGUUGUUUACAAGAGCUUGUAUUGUUGCAUAAAUAAUGUAAGUAUUA